UACAGGUUCAAUUUCGAUAGAUAAAUAAAUAAACGAUCAGAAAAUUAGCAGAAAAGUGAGAAAAUUAAGGAAUAUUUGAUUGAAUGCAUUGAUUUUUGUUCAAGAACACCGACUAACUAGAGUAUGUCUAUCAUUUGAAAUAGACACAAGCCUUUCAAUAUUGGAACUUUUACUCUAGAUUUUAGCUGCAAUGAACAUUAUGCAGCAUAUUUGGAGUUUAACAUUUAUUAUUAUUAUUAUCUCUGUCUUGUCAUCGAUAAACCCAAAACCUGAUUACGGACCCGUUUCAGUCGCCGUAAGUCGUUUCGAGAAAUGUAAAGGACCAAGAAGAAGAGAUUGCUCCGACGUGGAACUUGAUUUGAACAACGGAAUCUUGAUCACAUAUGAUCUUUUGGUCAAAUCAUACAUCAAACUCACAACUGGUCGGAUUGUUGCAACUUCAAAAGGCAAAGAAAUGAUGAGAUUUCAGAUGAAGACGCCGUGCGAUCACUUGCUAGUUCAAUCUUUAUUCAAAAUUUAUUUUAAUUUAUCAAAAGAAUGUGCAGUUAAAAAGGGACAUUAUGUUUUCAAAGUAAACCUUCAAGACCUAUCGCAGAAGUACUUCGAAGGAAAUUAUUUUUACGGAAAUUGGACUUUUCGUUCAGUCUUCGCCGGCAGUGAAUGCAAUUUUUUGUGUACAAUUAUGGAAGUGAUAAUAUCACCGAAAAAGGUCUAGUCUAAGUAUAUAAAAAAAAUAUUUGAUUAAUAAUAUUUUUAAUGAGAUGAAAUAUUACCAUUCAUUAAAUGAUUCGUUACGCCACAAAUGUUUUUUUGUAAAAAUAAUGGUUAAUGAUUUUCUGAAAUAAAAUAGCAAAAAUUUACAGUAACAAACUUUAAACUGUUUAAGAUUAAUUUUAUAACCACCACAAACAUUAUGUAAGUCUUA